GGCCCAAGCGCUGUUCGCCUUUUGUGACAUCCGUCGCUCGAUGGACAAUGGCUGCUGUACCGCGACCUUACACUCCGCGGUCUGGAGAUUCUGCGGACAAUGAGGACGGUGCGGCAAUAGUGGGUGCAUCACGGAUUAUCUUGAUGCCCGUGGAUGGAAGCGAACAUAGCGAGAGGGCAUUUAUGUGGUACUUGGAUAAUAUUAUGAAACCGGGGGAUGGGCUAUACUUAACUCAUAUCGUUGAACCAUUGUCGCCUGGAAUGAAUUACUCACUUGCCAGCAAGUCACCAGCAAUGAAAGAAGACUUCACUCGACAUAUAAAUGAACUAGUCGACACCGGACGAUCUUUGAAGAGUAAAUUUCUGUCUCGUUGCGAAACUCAACAGCUCCAAGCCAGAUUUAGCAUUCACGUGGGCACAAAGCCGGGUGAACAUAUUGUCCGAUUGGCACAAGACCAAAAUGCCCACAUGAUCAUCAUCGGAAACCGCGGAAUAGGAAGUAUGAAAAGAGCGUUACUUGGAAGUGUGAGCGAUUAUGUCCUGCACAACGCCAAGGUACCCGUGGUGGUCGUGCCACCGGUGAAAGUGUCCAAAAAGAAGUAAUUUCGAAUAAAGAUGCAUAGCGUGUUAGUGGACUGUUCAGUCAAUUCUUUUACUGCCUCUCAGAUCCAGUCGUUGGCCAUCAUUCUUGCCAUGUUCCAAAGUACUGGUGAGCACUGUCUCUACCAUUUGUUUAUAUUGGUUGUAAUAAUGAUAUUAUCUGCCACAUGUGAGGAUGCUUAUCACUGACUUAGUGGAUAUGCUGAAUCUAAGUAGCGGUGUUCGGUAUGAUAACCGGACUGACGCGUUUAUUUGCGCGCCAGCUUGAUGGACCAGAUAAGACGAAAUGUAGGGCUCCGUUUACCGGUUUGGUAAAGUUGCAUUCCCCAUCGCUUUUUGCAAAUUUGGCCUUCAGGGUCAUCUUGUUGUUGUAACCGUUGGAAACAAUGUUAAAAAUUCUUGUUCCCUUUCUCAAUCCGCUGCUUUCGUUUUGAAGAGAAUACACACCGCCGACCUAAUUACCUGUUUGGAGGUUUCACUUCCCCCAUCCAACAGGUCUUUGU